AGGAGGGAAGUAUCCCUCCUUCAAAUUAUCCUCAACUGAUUUUUUAGGGAAACCCACAUGGCCAGAAACUGCCAGACGCUUUUCAGGACAACACGGGCAGCUGUUUUACAGUAGCUAUUUUUGAUUUUAUUAUAAUUUAUCAAAUUAUUUCACAGAGCAGAAGCAACAAUACAGCUGUCUUUAAAGAAAGUAUGUCACUCUCCAACUCUCUGCGAUAUCUCUGUGUGCUCACGAUCGCACUUUGGUGCAGCACUUGCUUCACCGAAGCCAUCCCAUUCAACGCAUCCAUGGAGGGCAGCGGAGACGAACCUGAACUCAUCUUCCCCAUCACUCGAAGCACCCACAUCCCCCCAUCCCCCUCCCCUGCUCCAAACAUUACCGCCACCUUCAUCCGCAUCAAAGACUUCAUCUUCAACGACUUGGUGGACUUCCUGAAAGAAAACAUGCUCCUCAUCAUCGUCGUGACUUGUCUCUUAGUAGUUAUUAUCUUCAUCGUCUGCUGUGCCUCAGCAAUGAGCCACAAACGCAAGCUGGAGGCUUACUAUCCACCCAAGACCUACACACCCAGGAAAUACAUAAAUCAACCUAAUAAAGCCAUGGAGAAGCCACAGCAGACUAAGCCUCAUAACCAGGAUGGCCAGACGACUAGCGCCAAGCCCCUACGAGAACCCACUAAAGCACUAGUGGGGGAAAAGGAAGGGAAAGACCCACGGCCCAAGCCCAAGGAAGUCCAGCAGGUGGUGGAUGUUGAAGAGGUGGAGAUGCAGAAAGAUGAACCAAAGAAGCCUCAACCGAGCACCUCAAAUGACACCUCCAGUCAGCCUCUGGUCUGUACUUGUCACCUUAAAAAAGCCAAUCUUUCCACAGCAUGAGAGUUUUUCACUAAUAACAACAUUGAUUCAAAACUUUUUCAGCUGUUCGGUAUAUGAAUCUUUGGGAAGCCAACAUACCCUGUUUUGUUCGUUUGGCAACCUUAUUAUUUGUGUGUUUGUUGCAAAGUCAUUUCUUAUGUCUUUAAAUAUACAUUUUCAUUAAAAGAACAAAAAAUGGCUAAUUGACAAUAUUAAUAUCUAUUUAAAAUGAUCUCCAAUAAACCAAGUGUUGGUGGACAGAAAACCUGACCAAAUGUAUUUGAAACUUUUGUCUUUAUUUUGUUGUUUUUCUAACCAAUUUUCUUUGAUUUAUAUUAUUAGUGUUCCAUGAUUUAUGCUGUAGUCAACAUUUCUGAGUUUGUUGUCAGGUGUUGUCCAUGUUAUUUUAUCUAAACUUUCCUCAAUGUUGAAUUUAAUUUGUU